UUUUGUUUUUUUGUCUCUCUUCCCCCACCCCCUCCUUGGUUUUGUUGUAAAUUUCCACUGUAUCACAGUCACUGGGAGGUGGUUUGAGGGGAGGUCCCUGGAUCAGGGGAGGGUUUUUAAUCCCAGAAUGCCCUCCGCCAGUUACACUUGAAAAAGGGUUUGUACCCGAAACAUGUAGUGUUGCACACUGCUAAUAAAUGAACACUUGCAGUUUAUUAAGUACUGCCUGAAGCUGUUUAUUCCUUUCUUCUCUAUGAUAUAUGUACUUCGGGAGUGUGACACAGACUCCAGGGAAUCUACAGCAGUACCAUUUAAUGACCAGGACACACUGGAGCCAGCAAUCCUCCUUCUUUGGCUAUUCUGUGUAUUGGCCCAGUGUUGAAUCACCUGUGGUGAUAUGUCAACUUCUACAGCAGUGGAUCCAGGAACGAAAUUUUCUUCACAAGCAGUUUUUGCUUAUAAUAGCAAAGAAAUUGACCGGAUCUUAAACCAAAGUGAAGGCAUUAACUUGGGUUUCGACUCAAGACCUGCUACUGAACCAGGUAAAGAUUUACUUUACACUGAGAAAAAACUGCUGAACCUGAAAUUACACCGCUCUGCCCUAACUGAAUAUGUUCGUGCAGGGAUUAUACCAAGGGGACUGAGGGCUGAUCUCAAACCAACCCUAUGCACUAAUAAUCCCCUAAUGCAAACACGAUGGCAGGAGAUCUGUUACAAGUUUUCUACAGAUUUAAUGGUGCUGACAAUUGAAUGCCUAGAUGUGGAAAUCGAGGAAGUGAACAUGCUUGUAAUUUCUAAGAAACAGGCAAUAAAUGAACACCUUGAGAGUACCCAGGCUUCGACUUUAUUCACUGAACAACAGGAAAUUCUUAACAAGCUAAAAAAGGAGAUUGUAUCUCGGAAACAGAGAAAAUACCUGAGGGAUAGCCGCGACUACGAGCUGAACUGCGUCUACGAGUGGAGGGAGGAGGCGUCCAAGCAGCGUCGAGAGCGCAGAGGAGCGCCACCCAUACCAUGUGACCGGCGCAUGCCAGUGACGCGAUCGGAGCAAACAGGGAAGUACUACAGGCCACGAGGCCCAGCCCCAAGUCACGAGGAGCAGUGGGAGCCGCGUCAAUCGAAUCCUCGGUACUACAACCGCACACCAACGCUGCAGGAAGGAGCAUCCUAUAGCAGGAGUGAGGACGACUACGCUACCUCUCAUUUUUUAGGAGCAGCGCACAGGGAGAAAAAAGACCCCAGGAAACCGGCACCAAGAGAACCAUAUCCUCGCAGAGACAGAAACCAAAAGAGGUAAUUUAAGAACCAGCUAGUUACAAUUUGAUUCACGGAACUCCUGCCGUCUAAGUAUCAUGAGUUAUUACUUACAAAGGCUAACUUACUAUUACAGGAGUUAUAUUCAUAUAUCGAGCUGGUGAGUAGAAAAUUUGUUUGAUAGAAAAUUGUUUGACUUAAAGUUUUCAGUGUAUUAACCCUAAAGUUGUCUACAUGCUUCUAAUACAACCUUUUAAGUAGGCUUUGUUCAAGCAGUACUUGGUAUUUUCCUUUUUUUGCUUUUUCCAAAUAUUGGAUUAAGGGAUAGGUCUGCAUGACAAUUUCCCGAUAUGGACUUGUUUACUGUACUAAUAGCAAUUUUUGGACACUUCACACAUCAGGAGGAUCACCACAUUGGCUCUAUGGACUUGAAUUAAUUGGACAUUCUUUGUGAAUUGCCUUUUUCCUUUUUUGUUUUUUUGUCUCUCUUCCCCCACCCCCUCCUUGGUUUUGUUGUAAAUUUCCACUGUAUCACAGUCACUGGGAGGUGGUUUGAGGGGAGGUCCCUGGAUCAGGGGAGGGUUUUUAAUCCCAGAAUGCCCUCCGCCAGUUACACUUGAAAAAGGGUUUGUACCCGAAACAUGUAGUGUUGCACACUGCUAAUAAAUGAACACUUGC